UUUAACAGCAAAUCCCCGUUGCCUCUCGCGGCCGCCGAAAGGAUGUCUACAUGGUAACGGUUCCAUACUUAGCAGGAGUGGAUGCAUUCGGUCUUGGCGCAACAAGUUUCGGGUUUAGUUUAUAUCAAACUAAAGCUGGAUGCGAAUAAGUUUCCGUUUGUAACACUCGAAGAUAAAACCGUUUUUGUUCGCCUUCAACAGCCGUUAGAAUAGUGUACUGUUACCUGCACUUCUUGUAAGAAUUUAGUUUGAAAUCAAAAAUUUUAUUCAGUAAAAAAUAUCUCUAAUGACAUGCAGACUAUGUUUGGAUUUAUGGUUUGAGAAUAACGGUUUUUGGGGACUAUCUUCCGCAGGAAAAAAAGAGGAACCACGCGAAUUUCCCUCAUCUAACGCGCAAGUUUUUUAGGAAUACUUUUUAUUUGAUGGAUACCUCGGAGCUCUGUAAAUAGAUAAUGCAUUACACAGGAUGGGUGCGAACAAUGGGAAACAAAGUGGGAGUGAGGGUAAAGGCAGUUCCAGUAUUUCCUCCGACCUGAGUUCAAGUACGGAUCAGACGUCGUCCAAAGCUCCCAAGAAUGCAGCUACCAGCGAAGAUUCGGACCUGAGCAUGCGGACAUUGAGCACCCCAAGCCCUGCCCUCAUCCUUCCUCCCCGUCCCCACCUCCACCCUCUCUCCCCUCUCCUCCCCCCAUCGGCCCCCUUCAACAGCUCCUCCUCCACCUCCUCCUCUGAGACAGUUGCCAUGGUGCAUGCCGUCGCCCCUCCCCCUCUCUUCUGCGCCACCCACUCACGACGCCGCGCCACCCGGGACCACCACCAGGGGGCGUCGGUGCCCAUGGACCUCUUGCCGGACCACAUCUUCCUGGACAUCUUCGCCCGCCUGCCCACCAACCAGCUGUGCCGCUGCGCCCGCGUCUGCCGCCGCUGGUACAACCUGGCGUGGGACCCCCGGCUGUGGCGGAGCAUCCGGCUGACGGGGGACGUGCUCCACGUCGACCGGGCGCUGCGGGUGCUGACGCGGCGCCUCUGCCAGGACACGCCCAAUGUGUGCCUGAUGCUGGAGACGCUGGUGGCGAGCGGGUGCCGGAGGUUGACGGACCGCGGGCUGCACACGGUGGCCCAGUGCUGCCCCGAGCUGCGCUGCCUGGAGGUGGCAGGCUGCUAUAACGUGUCCAACGACGCUGUGUUCGAGGUGGUGUCGCACUGCCCCAACCUGGAGCACCUGGACGUCUCAGGAUGCUCCAAGGUAACCUGCAUCAGUCUGACGCGGGAGGUCUCCCUCAAACUAUCGCCUAUGCACGGCCAGCAGAUCUCCAUCCGCUACCUGGACAUGACUGACUGCUUGGCCCUGGAGGACGAGGGCCUGCACACCAUCGCCGCCCACUGCACCCAGCUCACCCAUCUCUACCUGCGCCGCUGCAUGCGGCUCACCGACGAGGGCCUUCGCUACCUGGUCAUCUACUGCCCGGCCGUGCGUGAGCUCAGCGUCAGCGACUGCCGCUACGUCAGCGACUUCGGCCUGCGCGAGAUCGCCAAGCUUGAAGGCCGGUUGCGCUACUUGAGCGUGGCGCAUUGCGGAAGGAUCACUGACGUCGGGGUGCGGUAUGUCGCUAAGUACUGCUCACGGCUGCGAUACCUGAAUGCGCGGGGCUGCGAGGGCCUCACGGACCACGGCCUGGAGUACCUGGCCAAGAGUUGCCCCAAGCUCAAGUCGCUGGACAUCGGGAAGUGCCCGCUGGUGUCGGACGCAGGGCUGGAACUGCUGGCGCUCAACUGCUUCAACCUGAAGCGGCUGAGCCUCAAGUCGUGCGAGAGCAUCACGGGCCGCGGGCUGCAGGUGGUGGCGGCCAACUGCUUCGACCUGCAGCUGCUCAACGUGCAGGACUGCGACGCGCCACUGGAGGCACUGCACUUUGUGAAGCGCCACUGCAAGCGCUGCGUCAUCGAGCACACAAACCCCGCCUUUUUCUGAGGAGACAGGAGAAUGGGCGAACAAACUGAAGCCUGUAUCCCGCACAUAGGCAGACAUAAUGUAAUAUGCACAUGACAAUCUAUUAUGGUUGUUUUUUUAUAGCACUCAUAAGACUGUUUUUAAGUUAUUUUUUUUUCUCCCUAUUCCCUCACUACAAACUGUUGCCCAACUUCUAAAGGGAUCAUUUUUAAGCAGAUGACUUCUGUAAGUAUAUAAUAAAACACUAGUGUAUUUUCAUUUGAAAGGAAAAAACUAUAAUAGCAUGAAAAACUCAGCUCUUUCUCAGUAUCUUGUCAGUAUCUCCUUAGGCCAAGAAGUUUAAAUGGAAUGCAAUUUAAUUAUGAGUAAUGGUUAUCUUUUUUGUGUCAAAGGUUCACGUGUGACAUUCCACUGAAGAGGCCUCCCCUUCUGUUUGCAGUGCUGGUGGGCAAUAUAGUAAUUGAUCCAGUAACUCCAGUCAUUCCACAUUACUUAAAGAGGCUGUACAGUUCAUAUACACAUAUGAUAGAACAUUAGUCCAUUUCUUAACUCAUGAAACCACAUAAACCUUCGUUUUAAUUAAGAAUAUGCUUCUACUCAUGGUGUGGAGAGGUGUGCACCUUUCUGUCCAAUGAGGUGAUUGAUGAGCAAUAUUUCUGUCCAUUUAGGGGACCCCAUUUGGCUCAAGAGCACCCCCAGAGGCAAACGUUCUGUAUUGCCUUUUUUAACCUAUUAGAUAGGUUUUUUUUAAAUGCUGGCUUUUCAACUAGAGCCUCAAAUGUACUCUUAUUCAUUGUUUACAUGUCAUUCUUCUGCAGUUUAAAUGCUAGACAAUCCUACCAUCAUGUCCUUGGUUAGUGAAGUGGGGGAUUGUUAUUUUGAAUGCAAUGUCCAGUUCUAUUUUGUAAAAUAAUUGUGUAUACUAACUAUGCUCAGACAAUCACUAGAACAAGUGUGUUCACUGCUCUCUCUUUAUUGGUUAUUGGUUUUAAUACAUAAUAGAGGAAUAAAAUAAUGUCCUAAAUGAG